AUGGCCGAACCACGCAUGCGCCUUCGCCAAAAAGGCCAACAAUUCUCAAAUCCAGAACUCGCUGGCCUCCUCGAAGCAUUCGGCGACACCCAACCACUCCCCGCGACCCUCACAACCCUCGACGAAAUAAUCACAGACUUCAUCAUCGAGACCUGCCACAGCGCCGCAAUCUGCGCAUCCUACUCGCGCCGCCAAAAGAUCAAGGUCGACGAUUUCAAAUGGGUCUUGCGCAGGGAUGCAAAGAAGCUGGGCAGAGUGACCGAAAUCUUCUUUGCUGAGAAGAUUCUGAAAGACAACAGAAAGGCUUUUGAUAUCGGUACGGGAGAGGGCUUGGUGCAGGGAAAGAAGGGAGCU